UUAAAGGGUUGUUUAGGUGCACUAGAUGGUACUUACAUUCCCAUUAGAGUUCCAAUCCAACACAAACCAAGAUAUAGAACAAGAAAAGGAGAGAUAGCAACUAAUGUUUUGGGAGUUUGUGAUAGAAAUCUCAAUUUUACUUAUGUGUUACCUGGAUGGGAAGGUUCAGCUGCCGAUGGUCGUGUAUUACGAGAUGCUAUAGUACGAAGGAAUGGUUUGAAAAUUCAUGAGGGUAGGCCUUAUAUAUGCUUUCAAGUUACAUCAUAGAAAGAGGUACUAGUAACUAAAUUAUAUGUUUAUAUUAUAGGUAACUAUUAUUUGUGUGAUGGAGGAUAUACGAAUGGAAAAGGAUUUCUUUCACCUUAUCGAGGUUAUAGAUAUUGGUUAAAGGAUUGGCGCGGCGAUAAUCCAUCGCCUCGAUGUAAAGAAGAGCUUUUCAACAUGAGGCAUGCUAGAGCUCGUAAUGUAAUUGAAAGGGCAUUUGGUUUGUUGAAAGGACGUUGGGGAAUUCUUAGAAGUUCUUCAUGGUACUCGGUUAAGGUUCAUAACAGGAUCAUUAGUGCUUGCUGCUUGAUUCAUAAUUUCAUUCGUAGAGAGAUGGAAGUGGAUCCCUUAGACAUUGAUAUAGAAGAACAAAUGGAGUAUCAACACGAGAAUAUUGAUGUUAUUGAAUCGUCGGAGGAGUGGACCACUUGGAGGGAUGAGUUGGCUUAAUCAAUGUGGAAUGCAAGAUUUAACAAUUGACAUAUUGCUACAUUUUGAACUAUGUUGCUACUUGUUAGCUAUAGAACCUUUUUGGACUUCAUUUGCUCUUUAGAACUGGCCUAGUAUAAAUAGUUUAACUGCCAGAAACUUCUGAUUUUUUGUGACCUUAAUUGCACACCCUUA